GGUGUUUGUUCCUAUUGCUCCUUCUAUGGCCACAUCUUCUUUCUUCGUACACAGACGGCAUGGCGGCAGACCUUCCCAGCUGCCUUCCUCUCCUCCUGAUGCUGGCGCUGUGGGAGCCUGCGCGGCUGCUCUGCACUCAGCCUAAGGGCCUCUCCAGGGCUCGCUGGUUUGAAAUUCAGCACAUACAAACGAGCCCUCAGCGAUGCCUCGCGGCGAUGCGCGGUGUCAACAAUUACACCGGGCACUGCAAACAGAAAAACACCUUUCUGCACGAAUCCUUCCGGGGUGUGGCUGCUGCCUGUGGUUUGCGCAACACCACCUGCAAGAACGGUUGGAAGAAUUGCCACAAGAGCGCGCAGCCUGUCCGCAUGACUGACUGUCUCCACACUGGAGGAGCCUACCCUGCCUGCCGCUACAGCAAUGCUGAACAGUACAAGUUCUUCAUUGUAGCCUGUGAACGCCCAAGGAAGGCUGACCCUCCCUACCCGCUGGUUCCUGUGCACUUAGACCGGAUCGUCUGA